GAAGACUCUAGGAGUGAGCAGAGCGACAUGUCGGCGUCAGUGACUGAAGCCUCGUCACUUGUGACAGUACGAGCGGGCUGCUGUAACUUCAAUCCUGUCAGUAAGUCGGGCAAAAAGUGGCACCAGGUGCAGAUGAUCCUCCUGCCCUUCAUCCCUAUCGCCGCUCUUAUUGUCCAGAAUUGUUGGUUCAUGUCUACCGUAGCCGACCACCAGAGGGAGAUGCAAGUUCUCGCUUCUCAGGUCCAAGGGACGGUGGAGCUGGGAAUUCUACUGACGGCCUUACAGCUAGAGCGAGGGGAAGUGGCCUACUUCAUCUUCUCCAACGGCACCAAACUCAGGUUAAAGCUGUUCUUUGCUGCCACUGGUAGUCUUUGGACCGACCUUCCCGCCACCUUCAGGAGGACAGACCGGGUCCUCGAGGAGGUCAUCACCUGGCCCAACUUCUCAGACACCGCCGCCAACACUCUCCUCGGCUCAAAACUCCGGUUCCAGCUACAACUGGAGGGUUUGAGGCAGAGAGUCAACGUGCAGGGAGACACUGUGGCCCAGAAGAUGGAGUGGUACAGCCUCAUCACUUCCUACAUCAUGGAGGCCAUCAUCUCUAACAUUAAGGACGCCAGCAUCUCCGGUGUCUGGAAAUUACUUGUGGCAUAUAAGGACCUGAUCCGAUCAGUGGAGUACUUUGGUAUCGUGAUGAUCGAGGGUCUGAACUACUUCGGGAGCGGGAGUCUUACCCAGGAGAGGUUCGUGAACUACGUCACCUACGACAUCUUGGCCUGGAAGUCUCUCAACCAGACGAAGGACUUCGUGCAGGUCAUCAGAGAGAAGGUGGAAGGCUUCAACAUCCAGUAUGAAGAGUUCAACAAUAUCACAGAAUGGCGCCAGAAGGUGCUGGGGAACACGGUGCAGGAGGUGGACCUCAGCGUCGCCGACGACUACUUCUACGUGAUGGUGCGCUUCACCGACGAGCUCCGGAACCUCCAGUGGCUCCUCCUCGACAUGAUCAAGAUGUACAUGGGCACGAAGACUCGCAGCGCGGACACGCAGGUGACCAUCUCUAUCAUAGUCCUGGUGGUGGUGUUCAUCAUCUCUCCCGUCAUCAUCUUCCUCGUCCGUCACGCCACCUACACCAUCCAGAUAUUCGCGGCGACGCUGACGACGAAAGGAAUCGAGCUGCGUCGGGAGAAACGCCGCUGUGACCGCCUUAUAUACCAGAUGCUGCCUCAGGCCGUUGCUAUGCAGCUCAAGAAGAAGAAACUGGUGCCCGCCGAGAGCUUCAAAGAGGUAUCUGUCUACUUCAGUGACAUUGUUGGCUUCACAAAACUCUGUUCCGACUCGGAGCCCAUGCAGGUCGUGACGCUUCUAAACAAGCUGUACAACAUGUUCGACUCCCGCAUCGAAAACUUCGAUGUUUAUAAAGUGGAAACCAUCGGCGACGCCUACAUGGUCGUGUCCGGCCUCCCCAACCCGAACGGACUGCGUCACGCGUCUGAGCUGAGCAACAUGGCGCUGGACUUGGUUGAGGGAGCCAAGACCUUCGAAAUACCGCACCGCCCUGAUAAAUCCCUCCUGAUCCGCGCUGGCAUAAACUCCGGCCCCUGCGUCGCCGGCGUGGUGGGCACCAAGAUGCCUCGCUACUGCCUCUUCGGCGACACCGUCAACGUCGCCAGCAGGAUGGAGAGCACCGGGGAAGCUAUGAAGGUCCACAUCUCCCUGAGCACCAAGGAACUCUUGGAGAAGGUGGGCGGCUACACCUGUGAGUUCCGAGGCUACCAGGAGGUCAAGGGUAAGGGCUCCUUGCCCACCUUCUGGCUGUUGAGUGGGCCUUCAGACGUCAGCAAGUGCCUCAGAAUUCCCAUCGGCAACCAUUGAGACUCCCACCCAGAUGUCCACUACGCCAUCCCUCGCCACGCCAGUCCAGUCAAGUGUCCAUGGCAGGGCCAUUCAGCAGUGUUCAUGGCAGCUCCCUUCAGCAGUGUACAUGGCAGGGCCAUUCAGCAGUGUCUAUGGCAACUCCCUUCAAGAGUGUUCAUGGCAACUCCCUUCAAGAGUGUUCAUGGCAGCUCAGUUCAGCGUAGCACGUUCGUAAAGAUACAUGAGGCGUUUGAGGAUAUAAUAUGAAAAAUGUUUUUCAGACUACUUGACAUAAGUUUCUAUGCCUAAAUAGGUUUAUUUCAAGGAUUCUACAAUGAGUCGUGUGUUUUAAAAAUCACUACAGGACACUUGUUAGAAUUUAAAGUGACGCAAAUCUCACAUAUCUAAAUAAAUUUGUCCAUAGCAGUUUUGGAAGGUGGUCACAGAACUACAUCAGCAUAGUUGAAAACAUUAAUUAAUCUUAUUACUGCCUUUGUGACAAGGGGUCAAUAUAGACAACAAAUAAAGAAAAAAUUAAGUUCCAUGCUUAAGCCCAUUUUUCAGUAAAACUAAUGAUAAUAGUACUCUAUUUCACAGACUUUACAUAUCCAGAUAAGAUAUUUAGCAUUUACAGGAAAUACUUUUCCAAUAAUUCCCCUAAAAAGCUAGGUGUGUUUAACUUUGUCAUAGGGAUUGAAAGCAUCUAAAGUCUAUAGAAAUUGAUGUACAUUUAAUGCAAAAUGUAUCUCUUGUGGAGAAAAAAAAGGUCAUAUUAAAACAGAUGUUUAUUCAGUUAUGUGUAAUGAUACGGCAAUGUACUAGCAACAAAUAAUGGGACGUAAGUUAAUGAAGUCUUUACAAAAGAGGCGAUAUAUGUACCCAGCGAGCACAAUAUCCCUGAGCGGCGUUGAAAUCAACCUUAUCAACGUUAAUGCAGCGUUGAUUCGACGUUGAACUGGCGUUGGAUAUUGCGUCCAUUUGUUAGACGUUGGUGGGGCGUCUCCUGAUGGUGCAGGAGGGUAUGUGGGCCCGCGGGCCGCUCCAAGCAACAGCCUGGUGAACCAAACUCUCACAAGACAAGCCAGGCCUCGGGCCGGGCUUGGGGAGUAGAAGAACUCCCAGAACCCCAUCAAGCAGGGGAAGACGGUUUUCUCCAGCUGCCAGUGGGAGGUGCAGGUGGGGAGGACACCUCCCUGCUGCCCCCUAGGUGGGAGACGCGCCAACAUACUAUCCAUACAGACACCAGACAAAACACUCCAUAAGAAAAUUGUUACCAAAGUAAAUUAGGAAAUAAUAGAGCAUAUGAGAACUGUUGAGCUCUUCUCUGUAACAGGAAUCUAAUAGAAGUAUUAUAUAAUAUGACUCCAAUGGGAAUAUAUUAUAAGUUAUAGGAUUCUAAUGGUUUGUUUUAUUGGAACUUCUCUUAUGUAAUGUCGAAAAAAUGUGCAUUCAGUAAAUGGACUGAAAACGCGUUUUUACACCUGGUAUUGUGGUAAAGGAAAUGUUGAUAUCACAUUCUCGGUUCAGUUAAUGAUCAAAAUCAAGGUAUAUUCUCACGGUAGCCUCAUGCUCCCCUUACCCGUCUCGUGGAGUAGUAAUGCCUUGUGUCACUAGGGCCGGGAGAUGAAAAGCUUUCUUAAAACUAUGCUUGUAUAGGCUUACAAUACAAAAUAAGUACAAAAAAGCAUACAUUUUAUAGCAUAAAACGUACUUUAUAUUUAGCUAACAUAUACAAAUAACAGGGUGUGUGUAUAUGAAACAGAACAACAUGAAACAGAACCUGUAUAUGUGUUUUGAACUACCAGUUAGCGUCACUAAAGACUGUAAUCGGGAUUUACUGUCUUACAAGACGUUCUUACCGUCCAUUCCCGAGACGUCAGAUCGCCUGUUCUAAUUAAUUACCAACCUGGUUUCUAUCUUCGAGUAAAUACCCCCCAAAGGAUAGACAUAUUUAGGUGCGGUAGACACAAAGCAAACCCAGACAAUUAUAUUUUAGCCUGAGUCAAAAACCAGACGAGAUUGAUCACACAUUUUAGAAGAAUGGCACGCAAGUUCGGGUAAGAUCUUGAAAGCAAUAUAAUUUGUUAUGAUCCGGCAAGAAUAAUUGCAGUGUAGAGCAAUGACAUGUAAUUCAUUGUGUCAUGUGUCUUAGAUGCAAAUUUAAUUUUCGUAAUUAAAACAUUAGGCUAUAUUAAACAAUUUUCAUUUGGUAUUGUCACACUCACCAACUUAACUACUUGAAAACAUGAAGCAACUAGGAGGUUCAGACUGUCGUUUAUUCAGAAAUAAUAGUCGUUAGUCAUUUGUUCUUGUCUUUCGUCGUUUAAGCAACAAAUCCUUUUCGUUGUUUGAAUGUUGUGUUGAUUUAGGGGCGACGACGAUCGUGGGAUCGGAUGCGCCCAUUUGUUGUUUGAAUGCUGGCCGUUCUUUUGUUUAGUUGUUGACGUGGUCAUGAUGGCUUGUGAGGGCGACCGGUCACGCACACAGGCCCGCCAA